AACAUCAAUACUUUAAGUUGAUUGUAAUAAAUUCAUCCAAGCACUUUAAUAAUUUAUUUUUAAAAUAAGACCUAACAACUUAUAAGUUGUACGAACUUAUAAAUUAUUUUUAAUAAAUUUAGUUAAACACCUUCUUAAUUAUUAUUUUAAAGAUUAAUAAUCAUAUACUGCAUCUAAAGAAUGUUACUAAUUGCAGUUUUAGAUCUUUAAUCCCCUCAGAAGCAAAAGCAGUGAACAAAAAGGCGAUAACCCUCUUUAUUUUCCCCGGCCUCUCGUGACCCCUGCCCUUGCUCUCCCCUUCGCGUCUCCGUCCAUGGCGCUCCACAUAUCUGCCGACUCGACCCAAAUCCGCCACAGAAUUCUGUUGUUCCUGUAAUUUUGGUCGCCGAAUUGAGCUAUUUCCCCUGCCCUUCCACUCGCAAUGGCGCUUCUCGCGCUGGCCGUUCUGAUCCUCCUCGCCGGCUCAGGCGACCCUUCGUCGCCGGUCCGGGCGGCGCGGUCUGAGCCCACGCAGGACCGCGCUUCGCUGCUCGCCUUCAUGGGUGGCCUCCGCCACGAGCCGCGCGUCCAGUGGGAUGCCAACGCGUCGGCCUGCGAAUGGGCAGGCGUCCGCUGUGACUCCGGCCGCACUGCCGUGCUGGAGCUCCGCCUCCCGGGCGUGGGCCUCCUGGGCUCCGUCGUGGCUGACACACUCGGACGCAUUUCCGGCCUCCGUGCCCUCUCCCUCCGCUCCAACCGCCUCUCUGGCCCCAUCCCCGCUGAGCUCGCCGACCUCGCCCAGCUCAAAAGACUUUUCCUGCAGGACAAUCUCUUCUCCGGCGUAAUCCCGCCGGGCUUGGUUGGGCUGACGCUCCUCCACCGGCUCGAUCUGUCCAGCAACAAUCUCACUGGUCCUGUCCCGUUCGCCCUCAACAAUCUCACCAGACUCAAGGGGCUCUUCCUCGAAAAUAACCACCUCUCUGGCAGUCUUCCCAGUAUCAGCAUCGCCUCCCUCAAGUACUUCAAUGUCUCCAACAACGAGCUCAAUGGCUCUGUGCCCAGGAGCCUCGAGGGAUUCCCUGCCUCCUCCUUCGUGGGCAAUCUGGAUCUGUGCGGCGCCCCAUUGCCCCCGUGCGAGCCCUUUUUUCCGUCUCCAUCUGCUGCCCCAGCGGCCAUCGAGGUCCCGACCAAGAGGUCGUCGAAGAGGCUCUCCACGGCAGCAAUCGUCGGGAUCAUCGUGGCCUCCAUUGUCGUUUUUCUAGUGCUGCUGCUGCUCGUGGUCUGCUUAUUUUUCCGGCUGCGGAGAAAGGGAGCAUUCCGCACGAAGGAGAAAUCUGCAAAGGGGUCGGAAUCUGGGACGAGGGCAACUGCGGCGGCGACAGGUGGGAGAUCGAUCGAGACGGGUAUGACCUCGUCCUCCAAGGACGAGAUGAGCGGCAGCGCGAGCGCGCUGGUGGAAGCAGAGCGGAACAAGCUGGUGUUCGUGGGCAGCGGCGCCGCCGAGUACAGUUUCGAUUUAGAGGACCUGCUGCGCGCAUCUGCGGAGGUGCUGGGGAAGGGAACCAUGGGCACAUCCUACAAGGCGGUGCUCGAGGAAGGCACCAUCGUGGUCGUGAAGCGCCUCAAGGACGUGACCGCCGCGAAGCCGGAAUUCGACGCGCUCAUGCACACUCUGGGCCUGACGGAGCGCCCAAACCUCGUCGCCCCUCGCGCCUACUACUACUCCACGGACGAGAAGCUCCUCGUCCUCGACUUCCUCCCCGCCGGCAGCCUCUCCUCACUCCUCCACGGGAGCAGGGGAGCGGGUCGUUCGCCGCUGGGAUGGGAGAGCCGGAUGCGGGUGGCCCUGGCCGCCGGUCGCGGCCUCGCUCACCUCCACACCACGGCGCAACUCGUGCACGGCAACAUCAAAGCGUCCAACGUCCUCCUCCGGGCCGGCGACCUCGAUUCCGCUGCCUUCUCCGAUUUCGCGCUUCACCCGCUCUUCCACCCCGCGCCUCGCAUUCGUCCGGCCGGCUACCAAGCGCCGGAGGUGUUGGAGACGCGGCGGCCCACGUUCAAGUCCGACGUGUACAGCUUCGGCGUGCUGCUGUUGGAGCUCCUGACGGGGAAGGCGCCGAACCAGGCGUCGCUGAACGAGGAGGGGAUCGACCUGCCGCGGUGGGUGCAAUCGGUGGUGCGGGAGGAAUGGACGGCGGAGGUGUUCGACGCGGAGCUCAUGCGAUACGCGGACAUCGAGGAGGAGAUGGUGCAGCUCCUCCAGAUCGCGAUGGCCUGCGUCUCCGCCGUGCCGGACUCCCGUCCGGAUAUCGCUGAGGUUGUCCGAAUGAUGGAGCAGAUCACCGACCGGACUGAGGGAAACGACGGUCCGAAGAGUUCCCAGGUCGAUCCGGCGACGGGCGCCGGCGACGUGGGAAACUAAAUUGUGCAUUCCUCUUCGCUACCUGGAAUUCAUUACACGGGACAGAAUUGCUGUGCGUGAAGGGAAUGGCAGAUUGUUUAUUCGCACACGAAUCCUACCGCGUUCCCUGUGUCACAUCCAAAGAAUCUUCAUUUGUAUGUAAUUCCUUGAUAAGCAAAGCAAGUUGUUCUUGGCUCUCUAUCA